AUGGAGACCCUGAGCUGCCAUAAUGACUAUAACUCACAGGUGACCUGCACAUGGAUGGAGCAUUCGGAGGCUCACGCCCUCCUUGGUGUAACUCUUUACCAAAGGGAUAAUAUCCUAAUGGAGAAUGACGAGAUGCUUUGCAAACGCCAGAGAGAAAAUGACUUACAGGAGGCUCCAGAAUCCUUUGUGCACUGGGUCUGCCAUGCCAGCACAAUCUACCUUGGCAUAGGCACAGAGUAUAUUUACAGCUUCAAACCAAACCAGACGCUUCAAGCAGAACUAAAUGUCAACCUUUUCCAAAAUGUUCAGACCCUCCCACCUCAAAACCUCUCAGUCAGCUCGAUGAGAUCGGGAGACUUCUUGCUGACAUGGGAAGCAUCUGAGGGAAGCCAAGGGCUGGGCAAUGCACUCGACUAUGAAGUCACUUACAAGCGGGAGUGGGAGCCCUGGGAGAAAGCCUUCUCACUCUUGCUCUCCAACACCACACGCUGCCUUCUGGGCCAGGAGGGCCUCGUCCCAGGGAGCAGCUACGUUGCUCGUGUGAGAGCCAGACCAGGGCAGGCCAGCAGCUUCUCCGGGCAGUUCAGCGAGUGGAGCACAGAGGCAUCAUGGCAGACCCCUGAAGGUAGCCUUCAGCCCAGGAACCUUCGCUGCCUCUUCAAUGGUGCAGAUCAUCUAACGUGCAGCUGGGAAGUGAAGAAGGCAGUCACCACUUCUGUCCUCUUUGCCCUGUUCUUCAGGGCCACUCCAGAAUCAGUAGAAGAGGAGUGCUCACCUGUGCACGAGAAGGCUUUGCACCAGGUGCCAUAUGUGAUCCAGAGCUGUGAGAUCCCUGUUAGUGACCCCAGCAGUCAGAGCCAGUACCAUGUGUCUGUCCGAGUCAAGACAGAGGAGAAAAGGAUGGAAGCCUACAAGAACAUUAAGGUGCUGCCACCUGCAAAUGUGUCAGUAACUGUGAUGGAGAACCAAGAGUAUGAACUGCGAUGGAUAAAACAUGCUCUGAGAUAUGACUUCAUAAAACAGAGAUAUCAAGUUGAGUACUGGAAAGACAGUCAAUAUGAAAAGACUGUCCAGAGGUUAAACAUCAGCAAUGAUGAGCCUCCCUUCAUCUUCACCCUGCAGAUGCUGGCAUCAUCUACAGAGUACAGGGGGAAAAUGCGUGCAAGGGUGAAUAUGCCUCUGGAUUAUGAGGGGCCUUGGAGUGAAUGGAGUGAGGAGUUCACCUGGAGGACUGAGAAUGUUCUGCCACCAGUGCUUCUCCCGGUGAUGCUCCCAGCUCUCAUCAUCGCUUUGCUCGUAGCUGUUUAUUGCAGCUCCAAGUAUUUACUCAGGAAGAAGAAAAUGUGGGAGGAAAAGAUUCCAAACCCCAGCAAGAGUAACCUGAUCCAGAGCUACCUGGGGAAAGUACAUUUAGCAAACUGGUCAUCAAGCAGUCAGUUGGAUUUCAACAAACACAACCUUUCAGAGAAGAUGGAACAGGCCAGCUUCCUUCAAGUGGUGGGCAGGCAGAUGAAGACUCUGGGAGAGUGCCCUGAAGGGCAGGCUAAACAAACAGAUGCUUCCCACGCUGCACUGGACCUACAGAACUCAUACCACACUUUGAACGAGCCAGAGCAUGCCCCACUUGUUUGCUCAAGUCAAACCGCUAGUCAUACAAUUCCUGCUGCAGGGAAGCACGCUGCUGAUGCAUGUGUUGCUUCCCAAACAGCAAUCCCCUGCUUUGCUUUCAAUGGCCCAUACUUGUAUAGCCCAGUGUUGGCCUGCCAGCCUGAGGUGCACCAGCCUCUGGACAUGGACUCAGCAGAAGUUGGUGAGAAAGCUGUUUCCGUUCAGUAUGUGACCCUCCCAAAGCAAGACCUUCCCCAGUCUCCACAGAAGCCAGAACAGCCAGAUCCACAUCCUCCACAAUGCUUCCUGCCUCCAGAGCAGAAGAAAAUGAUGCAGCACCAAGACACUGAGGAAGAAGCCUCACCAGCCCCACCAGCCAGUGGGAAAGGCAUAGACAUGAGAACAGAAGAGCAGAAGUCUCCAAAGACUCUAAGCUGUGUAACAGCCUCUCAGCAAAGCCCUUUGGAGUACAUCACCACGGAGAGCUUGUUACUGCCAGCAGCCAGUGGCUCAGCCCAUCCACCACUCGUCACUGCAGGGAAGUUACCUUGUGACUCAGAGGAGCCCCAGGCUCCCAGGGAGCACUCUUCCCAUGAGCUUUCUCCUGGGAAAACUGGUGUCAUGGUCCCAGCUUCAGGUCAAGCACCAACCUCUUCUGAAUUGCAUCUGCAUACGUUUGGAGAGUAUCUUACUGUCCCUUCGGGUCUCCAUGGACAUUCAGAUCCCACAAAGACUGAUUUGCCUGUCUUGCUGAAGGGAAAGGAUCUUCCUAGAAAGCACCCUUUGCCAGAGGGUGACUUGGUGGUCUUAAACCCUCACAGCACUGAGCCAGUUUUCCUUUGCCAGGUUGGUGACUAUUGCUUCCACAGCUUAAAAUCUGGUGUGAAGGUGGAUAUUAGUCAGGAAGACUACCAAGUCAAGAAACCUUCUGAAGCCAAGACAACACCUGGGCAGACUGUGUCUGAUGAUGAAUCCAUUGCUGGCAAGGACAAGGAUGCAUCAAAAAUGCAAGCCAUUCAGCUUUUCAAAAACCUGAAAUCUGAUGACUAUUUCUCCUGGCAGCAGUCUUUGAGGAUCUCAGAAAUCUGUUAAAGGGGCAAAUAUGAACAAACACCGAAGCUACAGGUAACUGAAAGAGGUUGCAACUCCCUGAUCAAAAUGAACCCUCAACACUAGGAGUCCUCAAGCCUCAGACAAAUAAAUGGCAGUUGCCUUUUCCAGCUUCCAGUCCAAUGUGUUGAGAGACUUGAAGUAGUUCAAAAUACUUCUCAAUGGCCUUAACAGAUCUGGCAUGAAAGACAACCCAGACAUUGCCUUGUGGUGCUUUUCAACCUUUUUGUCUUAUCUGCAACGAAGAACUUAGCCUCCUCAUGAUCCUGUGACAGAUCACAGUCAGCUUGCAACAAUACCUUCAAGGCCCAGCUUGACAGGGUGCCAGCCCAUCUCAUUUAAACGAUAUUCUUACCCUGAAAGGUUGGACCAGAUGAUUCUUCAGGUGCCUUCCAACCUGGUAUUCUUUGAGUCUAUGAAUCUAUGAAUAUCAGAUUGCCUGAGGCAAACUCAUGGCAAGAAAUACAGACUGAAGUGCAUGAAAUACUAUCAGAAGAAGACAAGCUUGGAAACUGUGGGAGAAAAAUGUAUAUUCUUAAGAGCAGUUUUAUUGAACUGCUGUUUACACAGUGUGUGUGUGUAAAAUACACAGAAAGAGGUACCAAGGGGCUUUUAUAUCUCUGCUUUUCCACAAAUGGCAUAAAAUAGGUAUUGUCCAAGGUGAAAACACCCAGACAGUAAUAGAAAGGUAAAUACAAAAUAAGAAAAGAUUCCUGGAGUCCAGGAAACCUUCUUUAAGGCUCAGAGUAUCACAGUGUAGCCUAAGGAUAAGAAGGAAACAUGGCUGGAAUGCACAAGUAGGCUCUAGGGGAAGAGCUCACAGAAUCACAGAAUGUUAGGGGCUGGAAGUGACCUUGAAAGAUCAUCUAGUCCAAGCCCCCUGCCAGAGCAGAAGCAGCUU